GUGGAAACAUUUCUCAUUGGCAAGAACAUUGACAACAAGUCUGAUUUGUGCUGGCAGGUUUAUCUUAAUCACGUGAAGAAAUAUUCAUUUACCUCAUUAGCUAUAAGUAGGCCCUGAUGUGUUUGUGUAUCAUGAGAAGAGGACAGAUUGAUGGUAGACGACUGCUCAUUUGUUCCACCGUAUUUUGAUCAGAUCGUUUCUAGACUGCUGCUGUUGUUGUUGCACUUUCAGUUGCAGAUUUGCGUAUAUCCGUGCUGCUUGUGAGCAAUUUAUUCUACAUUUGAUCGUUUGAUUCUGUACCAGGUACACAUCUAGUCUCGGGAUGAAGCUGUAUUCAUUAUCUAUCAGUUUUCGUUCAGAAGAUGGAAAGGUUAAUCUUCUCAAAGCUGAACAUGAUCUGUCUUCGUUUGGUUAUUUUCAGAGGUCGAGUGUAAGAGAGUUUAUGGAAUUUACCAGUAAAAUUUUAGUGGAGAGGACAGCUGUAUGUACCCGAGCCUCAGUCAAAGAACAAGAUUACAUGUGUCAUGUGUAUGUACGGAGUGACUCCCUGUCUGCUGUACUAUUGGCUGAUCAUGAAUACCCUCAGAGAGUUGCUCAUACACUGCUUAACAAGAUUUUAGACGAGUUUUCCAAUAAGGUCCCAAAGGGAAUAUGGUCUACAGCAAAGCCAAGUGAAGUGGAUUUUCCUGACCUUGAACCUUAUUUGAAAAAAUACCAGAACCCAAAAGAAGCCGAUGCCAUGACAAAGAUACAGACAGACUUGGAUGAAACCAAAAUCAUUCUUCACAAUACAAUAGAGGCUGUUUUACAAAGAGGGGAGAAAUUAGACGACCUGGUAUUGAAAUCAGAAGGAUUAAGUACUCAGUCUAAAACAUUUUACAAGACGGCUAAGAAGACCAACUCUUGCUGUGUGAUAUUGUGAUUGCAUUGCUGUGGUUAACAAGCUGACGUGCGAGGAAGCUUAGUUCCUGAUGUAAUUGUCUGUACACAUGCUGUAUGUAAGGAGAAAGCUUUUAAUUUUAAUGAUAUGGAGUUAAAUCCUUGUGUGUGUCAGUGAUGCUAGAGACAAUCCUUACAACGAUGAUUACUUACAGCUUUGAUCAUAUAGGUUAAAAGAAAAUGAAGUGCUCUUUUGUGGGGUGGCUUACACAAAGCCAUUCCUGACGUACGUUAAAAAUUGAGUUUACGACUUCAAAAUGCAAACUUUUGAACGCCACUUAAAUUUUGUUUUAAAGCAGAUGUGUUAAAAUUUCAACUUCGUUGUGACAUUGUUUUAAAUAUUGCCAUUAAUGGCUUUGUGGUACAGGCGCCAGGAGCCCAAUACCAGGUAACUUGAACACUGGAAAGUACAUCAUCUCGGAAAAGGCCAUAGCUAUGACAUUCACAUACGAGUUCUGAUUCUUCUGACAGUUUUAACUGUUUCUCAAAUGGACGUACAUGUAUAACAGACCGUCAAUCACUGCCUGCUUUCUUCCACACAUAAACUUGAAUGCUGUCAAAAACAAGUGAAGCAUAGUUGGGUAAGGCGUAAAACAUAAUCAAAUAUAAACAUAGAUAAAAGUAAUUGAUCUCAUUAAUAUAAGUUGAUAUAAAAAUGAAACUGAUUUGGUACAAGUCUGAAUCAAAGAUAGACAUGCAAUAUAGUAUUUGUCAUAAGGUUGAUAUACUUCCAUUACUUAUUCAGUAUGGUACGGUUAGUACCUGAAUGUUGAUAGUGCUGAAUUUAGUCCUCUUUAUAUUGCUGUGGAUUAAGACUCUUUAUUGUCACAAAGCUUUUUCAAUUCAGUUUUUCAAUACACGCCAUGUUUAAGAUGUAAGUCCCAUAUGGUUAGAAUAGGUGUGAAAGUCAGGAUUGUGAAGUGGGAUAUCAUUAGUAUAAUGGGUAAAGAUAUUCAGUGUAAAAGUUUACAUUCUAAUUUAUUAUAUAACUGAAUGGCUUCACAGCAGAUUCUGUUCUGUGAUUUAUUCAGUUUGGUCAUGUGAUGAACACUAGCAACUUCUUACGGGAAUACAUGGCAGUUAGACUUUGUUCUCAGCUUUACUACAAUGUCAUGUGUAGUGACAGCUCCAACGCUUCAUGUUUGUGGCUGGCCAGAAAAAUAUGCUCCAGUCAUAUUUUCAUUUUAUUAUUCAGAGUUGUAUAUAAUAAAACUGCUACAAACUUUUGAUUUGGUGAAUACAGAGUUUAACAGACCCUCAAGAAAGAAUGUGGACUUCUGUCUUUGACAGUAACCAGUAUUACUUUUUUAGGCCUGUAAUGCUCUGUAUCAUGGUUAAGCCAUUACUGUAUAAUAUGUAUGUAUGUGUGUAUGCUAUUAGAUAUACCUUUAUAUUCAUAUGUUAACAUACUUUGCAUAUACUCCUGGAAAGUGCUUCAUCGCCAUGGUAAUGUACAGAUAAUGUAAUUAUUAUUUAAUUAUGUUUUAUUCUGGUAACAUUAAUCAAGAAUUUCAUCAGAUUUUAUACAUACAAAGUCUACUUCAUGUAUGACAUAUGGCUGUGGCCUACAUAUUAAAGAUGAUAUGGUGAUUUUGUGUAAACAUUGACUUGAUCACAUGCGUGUCUGUACUUGUCUGUAUUAGUUUGGAACAUUCAUUUGGAUCAUCUCCAAGGAUUGCUCAUGUCUGUUUCAUCUGUUUGAUCUCCUGGGACAUUUGUAGGGGAUAACUUAUCUUUUACUACAGUAUGCAGGCCUUUAAAGUAUUGCUGGAAAAAAUGUCAAAAAAACCUUAGCCAUAAAGUUUGUUCAGUCCGAUCUAGAAGUCCUACAUUGUUAAACGACAUUAAAGUUUGACUUGACAUUUGGCCUGGAAAUGCAUGUAACAGUGAUGAUAGAGCCAUUCUAACAGUUUUGUAUUUCCACCUAAAUGUGUACAGUCAGGCAUAUCAUUGAUAACUUCUGGCUGGUGUACAGGCCCUAUGAUCAUUUUUCACCACUUUGAUUAUGCUUGUUUGUAUAAACAUAUAUUCUACUAAGGCGUAAAACUUAAGAGAUUACAGUCAUUUUGGUAUCAUUUUCAUCCAGAACAUAUGAAAUUUUAUUGUGGAUGUUUUUUGUUUUUUUGUUUUUUUUUUGCCUGAUUUAGGGGCCAGUGAAAAUCCUCAGAAUUCCCAUUAAAUGCACAUUGGGGUAUGUCCAUUGUUAGAGGCACUUGUAUAAAAUUGUACAUGUAUUUCUAAAGAUUUCUGUUCCUGUAUACAUAUUAUUUAAAUGUCACAUUCGUUCCAUAUGACUUGUAUUAACUUUGAGAAGGUGUUUUGUGUCUCUUUUUGAUCACAUGCAGUUUGGCGGUGUACAUUGUUUAACCCCACAAGAAGACAGAAAGGGAGAUAACCAUGCUAAAUGAUAAUACUGUUAUACCAGUAUAUUGUCGUAUAUGGCCAGGUUUGUUCUAGGCGUUUUGUGUUUCUUUUGCCAACAGUAGUAUUUCUGUAGAGCACUUUUUGGUCUUGCUUUGUGGCUGAACUCUUCUCGCUAUGUUGUUGAGUUAUUCUAAUCAUGUGAAAGGCUAUAGUAUGUUAUCAGAACUGACGACCUAUAGCAAAGACGGGUGUUAGCAGCAUUUUCCACUUUUCGCAGUUAAGUUUUUGUGGUAUCGUUGGUGUUACCUGGAUAUUCAUGCAGUGUGUUUUGUGUUGAAAAUAGAUUUCCAGGCUGUUCAAAAGAUUUACAUAGUUGUCUCCUUUCCUGUUUUUAUCUGAGGACCGAAGGCUGCAUAGAGCUAUAUAAUUAUGCCUUGUAUUGACACUACAUAGUAUGUAUACGCCUAUGACAUUGUGUCUUCUUGUCGGCAAACUCUAGACACGGCAGUGUCUGCUGCACACCGCUGCGUCAUCAUUUCUUGUGUUGACCCUCUUGAAACUUCAUUGUAUCUGCCUGCAUCAUGUCUUGUAAUAAAAGUAAACCAGUCAAA